UUUUCAUCAUUAGUGAAAAAGAAGAAGAAGACGUCACUCCGGUCGCAUGUUUUAGCAUUAGCGCAAUUUGCUACUGGAUGUUUUCUGAUGGUUUUACGUCCUACUAUCGUUAGGUCUUUGCAGGAAUGUUGAGUGUCGACGUUUUGCAAGUAGCAGAGGAGGAGGUGGUCGAAUCCAGCUCGAGUAAACUUGGCGACAUUUACACUUUUGUGGCCAAAGGAUGCUUCCCACAGUCGAUGAAUCCAUUGAGGAAGAAGAAUCUCAAAAGAUACGCACAGAAAUUCAUCAUCGACGAUGCCAAGCUUUAUUAUGUGGGGCCAAAGAAAGAAGAAAAGAGAGAAGUUGUCAUUGAGGCUGAGCGGAAGAGGCAGAUUUUUCUGGACUGCCACUUUAAUGACAUCGGACAUCAUUUGGGUCAGAAGAAGACUGUCCACAGAAUUCAAAGCAAGUACUACUGGCUGGGCAUUAUCAAGGAUGUGGUGGACUGGAUUAAAGUAUGUGAGACAUGUCAACAUGCAGAGAGGAAUAAAAAUCUGGCGAGGACAGUCCGACCAAUCAAAGUGGAUGCACCAUGGGAUAUCGUUGGAAUUGACAUAAUAGGGCCUUUCCCAGAGACUCAGCAAUUGAACACGCAUGCUACUGUUCUCAUUGAUUACUUCAGCAAAUGGCCUGAGGCAUUUCCACUGCAAAAGACGGAUGCUGUCUCCAUAGCGAGGUGUAUUUCCAAAUGUAUGUCCAGGUUUGGUUCCCCGAAAACAAUCGUGUGCACACAGAGCCCAGACUUCUGUAAUGAGUGUGUUGUGGAUUAUUCUUGGCAGGUUACAAAUCUGUUGAGCCACAGAUGGGGCAUCAUGCAAAAAGUCUCUCCUCUGGCUCAGCCUCAACUCAACCCGCUACACGACUGCACUAGUCCGUUGCUGAAAGAGGCUAUUACGCAGAUGGUGACAGAAAAGCAGACAGACUGGGAUGACUUUCUGGAUCCUGUGCUGUUUCUCUUCAGAACAUCUAUAAACCCGACAACCAAGUUCACGCCUUACUCGCUCAUGUUCAACCGGAAAGCUAACGCUCCAAACCAAGCUACACUUGGUCCACUUGGAUAUGAUGAUCAUGAGCAGGACAUGUAUUCUGUCAAAGAGAAGGCUUCCACAUACAUGACUAUAAUGCAAGAACAGCAGAACACCGUGAAGCAGUUGGUGAUAGCCAACAUGAAAGCGGCCUACAAAGAGGAGAAGAAGAAUGUAAAAAGAAAGGCACACAACAGCCCCUCAAUGACUUUAAAAACAUCAGAGCCACUGUUUUGUGCUGGAGUGUCCCCUUCGAAAAAACUGAAAGAAGAUGGUUUAUAUUUAUCUUUCCCCGUGGAGACGGUGCUGGCCACCGAGCAAAGUAGCUCUGAAGUUAUAAAAACUGAAUUAACAUUUCACAUGGCUGAGUCUGAUAAUCACUGACAAUUUAGGACUCUGAAAUGUUCAUCUCACAAAUUGGAAAGACUGCAUUUGGAAUAUUUGAAGUUAUGAAUGGAAAAUUGUAUCCAAAUCAUGAUAAAAGCAGUGUUGAUAUUUCAGUUUAACACACACUUCAGUGAUGUACAUUAAGUAUGCUUCUUUGCCUGAGCUCCAGAGAUCAUACAAAUAUUUUCCUAAAAAAAUAUUAAAUUAUUUCAGUCCA